GAAGCCCGGGCCAUGCCUCCUUUCUGUGGCUGUCCCUUUAGUGAGCGCACUUCUGCCUCUAUGUUUUCUCACUCGCCGGUCUAUAAUUGGCCGGAUAUUCCUCCUGUAGAACUGUUGGAACGCAAACAGGAAGUGUCGAGAAGGAUGACAAGGGAGUACUUCCGGGAAAUAGAAUGGCUGCGCACGGACGAGAGACUGGACCGUAUUGCUGUGAUGAGGACAUCUGAUGAGUGUGGAGAAAUCAACAGAUCCUCAACCAUAUCAUACUGCCUCCACCUCGAUCACUUAUCUAGUAUGGAGCACACAUCGGGCCGUGAGGAUCGUUUUGUCAGGGGUCGCAGACUUAUUGAUUGGCGCACAGCCAGAAAGCCACGUGGAGGAUUUCACGUCACCACUCCCUUGGACCUUACAACCUCAAAAACAAGUGUUGUGAAACGUAAUCGGGGACAUUCUGUGAAAAAGGAAAGUGGCAACAGCAAUAACACAAACUCACAACUUCCAGAUACACAGCACAAUACUGAUUAUAUCAAAGAAGAGUCCCACCAAGAAGGUAACCCUGAUAUUAAUUCCUCCACCAAACAGACCCAGAAUGUGUCUACUCAUAGGGACAAGGAUUCGUUGGCAAGCGAAGAGGAAAACCGAACAAGUUCUGACAUCAAUACAUCCACUGAUGACACAAAAACACAGUAUACAUCUGCUAAAAUAAAUAAAGACCAUUUACCAGAAGAAGAAAACCCCCGUGAAGAUUAUACACAACCAUGUCCAGCUUCUCAUAUUAAGGAGGAAUCCAAUUCACAUAAGGAAGGAAGCCUCACAGAUACUGACCCUUACUCACCCACACAUGGUACCAAUGAAGAGGGUGAAGAUCUAAGUGGAGACACGUGUACACCCACAAAUCAUGGGCUGCGUUAUCCAUCAACUGACUUUAAAUCAGAAUCCGAUUCUAGCGAAGAAGGGCAUGCCUCUGAUAGUGAGGUGCACACCACCACAGAUUAUAUCCCUGUGAUUGUGAAAGAGGAAUCGGUCUCGUGUGAUGAAGACAACCUCACAGAUGGUGACUUUUAUUUACCAGAAGAACAUAUAGACCCACAGUUUCCCUACCCAUAUGGUGGAGAUUAUUCUUGUUCUGUAUGUGGAAAGACUUUUAAUACAACACUGGAACUGGCAAGACAUCAACCAAUUCACCUGCGUGGGAAGACCUACUCCUGCUCUGUGUGUGAGAAAUGUUUUAGCAGUAAAUCAGACAUGAUAAGGCAUGAGCGGAUUCACACAGGCCAGAAACCUUUUCUUUGUUUCGAAUGCGGGAAAAGUUUUAGCAAAAAAUCAGACGUUAUCAGACACGAGAAGAUCCAUACUGGUGAAAAGCCUUUUGCGUGUCCUGAAUGUGGAAAGCGUUUUAGCCGGGACUCGCAUCUGAUCAGACAUCAAAGAAUCCACACAGCAGAGCGUUCAUUUACAUGCUCCGAGUGCGGGAAAAUUUUCACCAGAGAGUCCCAGCUCAUCCGACACUUGAGAAUUCAUACAGGGGAAAAACCUUUCUCUUGUUCACAGUGCGGUAAAAGUUUCCGUAAGAAAUCUGAUGUUGUCCGGCAUGAGAAGAUUCACACAGGAGAGAAGCCAUUUGUUUGUUCGGAGUGCAGUAAGCGUUUCAGCCGGCAUUCUCAUCUCGUCAUCCACCGGCGGGUACACACUGGAGAGAAGACCUUCUCAUGUUCGGAAUGUGGCAAAUGCUUCACUCAGUACUCCACCCUCCUCUCACACCGCAGAAUACACACCGGUGAAAAGCCUUUUUCUUGCACUGAGUGUGGAAAAUGCUUUGCCCAAAAAAGAGAUCUGAAUAAGCAUAUGACUUUUCACACCGGGGUGAAACCUUACCCAUGUUCAGAGUGUGGCAAGAGCUUUGUGCUGAAAUAUGAACUGAGGAAGCAUGUGAGAAUCCACACGGAAGAGAAGCACUUUGUCUGCUCUGAGUGUGGCAAAUGCUUCAUAACAAAAUCAGACUUGGUGCGCCAUCAGAGAAUUCACACAGGAGAGAAGCCAUUUGCAUGUUCUGAAUGUGGAAAGUGUUUCAGUAGGCACACUUACCUGGGCAUUCAUCAGCGGGUUCACACUGGGGAGAAGCCAUUUGUGUGUACAGAGUGUGGCAAGUGUUUUAGUCAACGGACAGCCCUUGCAGCACAUGGAAGGACUCACACGGGAGGUCGGCCAUUCGCAUGCUCAGAGUGUGGCAAGUGUUUUAGCAAAAAAUCCGACCUUCUCCGACAUCAAAGAAUCCACACUGGGGAGAAGCCAUUUACAUGCCCUGAGUGUGGAAAAUCCUUCAGCCGUCACACCUAUCUCAUUAUACACAAGAGGAUACACACUGGGGAGAAGCCCUUCCUGUGCGCCAAAUGUGGCAAGCACUUCACUUAUAAGUCACACCUGGUUCGGCAUCAGAGAAUCCAUGCGGCAGAAGAGGCCUUUCCUUAG